AUGGCCUUCUCCAUGGAUCCGGUGGCGAAUUCGGAGGCCACCGUCUCUGGGCCCACAUACCGGUUCACGAUCCUUACCGAUCGGUUACUUCGGUACGAAUGGGCUGCCGACGGCCAGUUCGAGGACAGAGCGUCCACCUUUGCUAUCAACCGCCAUUUUCCUGUUCCUCAAUUCCGUGUCAUCGAUGGUGAAGACCUCGAGAUCAUCACUGAGCACUUUCACCUGAGUUACAACAAGCAACGCUUUUCGCCUGGGGGUCUUGUUGUUCACUUCAGCGAGAAACACACCGAGUGGGGCGCUCCAUGGCGGUAUGGGAUCCCGGAAGACCUCAACCUGGGUGGUACUGCCCGCACUCUAGACCUCUGCGACGGCAGAUGCGACAUGGGCCAAGGUAUCAUCUCCAGAGCAGGCCAUGCUGCCCUUGAUGAUUCUUCUUCCAUGCUCUUUGACAGAGACUUCGUAACUGGAAGGAGGGCGGGAGACAGGCUGGAUGGGUAUUUGUUCUGCUUCGGCCACGAUUAUCGAGGAGCCAUCAAGACCUUCUUUGCCUUGUCUGGCAAGCAACCUGUCUUACCCCGAUAUGCGUUAGGAAACUGGUGGAGCCGGUACUAUGCCUAUCGCCAGGACGAGUAUAUCGGCCUGAUGGACAAAUUCCGUGCUCAUGAUAUCCCUCUAUCUGUUGCAGUUAUCGACAUGGACUGGCAUCUGGUAUCGCACGAGUCCGUCCCACACUCUGGUUGGACCGGGUAUACAUGGGAUACGGAUCUCUUCCCAGACCCACAGGCAUUUGGACAUGAACUACACAAAAGAAACCUUAAGAUCACGUUGAAUGAUCACCCCCAUAAUGGAAUCCACUCGCAUGAGGCGGCUUAUGAGGAGUGUGCGCAGGCCCUCGGCCAUGAUACCCAUAACAAAGAUCCAAUCCUGUUUGAUCCCACCGACACCCGUUUCAUGAAGGUAUUCCUGGAGAUCCUGCACCGCAAGGUAGAAGGGGUUGCUUGUGAUUUCUGGUGGAUUGACUGGCAGCAAGGACCGCACUCCAGGAUAUCUGGUCUUGAUCCGCUCUGGCUCUUGAAUCAUUUCCAGUAUCUUGACCACGAGAAAAAUCGCACUACUACCCCGCUAAUCUUCUCCCGGUAUGCUGGUCCUGGAAGUCAUCGGUAUCCCGUAGGGUUCUCGGGAGACACGGUGGUCACUUGGGCCUCACUGGCCUUCCAACCAGAAUUCACCGCCACGGCUUCAAACAUUGGAUAUGGGUGGUGGAGUCAUGAUAUUGGCGGUCAUAUAUGGGGUGCCCGCGACGAUGAGCUGGUGACGCGAUGGGUGCAGCUUGGAGUAUUUUCACCUAUUUUCCGUCUUCACUCUGCCCUGUCACGCUGGACUUCCAAAGAGCCAUGGCUAUAUCGGGCGGAAUGUAUGGAGGUCAUGUCCGUAUUCAUGAGACUGAGGCAUCGCCUCCUGCCAUUCCUCUAUACUCGGAACGUUCUUUGUUCUACAGAGGAUGAGUUGCUGGUGCAGCCCAUGUACUGGGUCUAUCCAGAUGUUGCCAAGGCAUAUUCGUUCCCGAACCAAUAUAUCCUGGGCUCCGAGUUCUUGGUUGCCCCGAUCGUGGAGCCGCGUGAUAGGAGGACAAAUCUCGCAUCGGUCAAGGCGUGGCUGCCAUCAAGGUCUCGCUAUGUGGACCUGUUCACAGGCACCGUGUAUGACGGAAAUCGUGAGAUCACCUUCUACCGGCGACUAGAGGAGUAUCCCGUUCUGCUUACCGAGGGUACUAUCAUCCCCAUGGAUGCUGACCCAGCUCCGCGGAAUGGAUGCCUAAGUCCGGAGGCGCUCGAGAUUCUUGUCGUGGUUGGAAGCGAUGCUCAAGCCGUAAUUUUGGAGGACGAUGAUGGCAAUGACACUCGGGUAGAUGGUUCAGAGACGAUGCCACGAACGGGCCAGUACCGGAGAAGUACUAUCACAUUCCAACAGGCCGAGGGGAGACUUGUUGCCGAAGCCAUCGAUCGACCGGUCACAUUCCGCUUUCUUUCGGUGACUUCGAUCCCGGAGAAUCUGAAAGUCGACAUGGAUGGCAUUGACAUAACAAGCUACGCCAAUGUUACCGUCGCCAAUUAUCCACAGGCCCCUAGUCUAGCUGUUGACUGCCCGUCCGUAUCCGAAGGCAGUCAUUCUUUCACCAUCGAGCUCGGCCCCAGUCCUCAACUGAGCGUGAUUGACCCGUUGCCCCGGCUUGAGCAUCAGAUCAUGGAUUUCCAGACCGAAUUUGAAGUGAAAGAUCGAAUCUGGGAUGUUGUCACAGACAAGGAAGCGGCAUUGAAUUGUACGGUUGGGACGUUGAUGGCGCUGGGCUAUGACGAGCAUCUCGUUGGACCGGUGACAGAGCUCCUGAUGGCGGACAGGAGACAAUUCUUGGCUUAUAGUGGAUGA